AUGUCAAAAACUGAAUACGGCGAACAAAUGGACUCCUACGACGUACAGCCCGGCUUUGGCGACAAGCUCGAGACCACUGAGGUCGAGUCCCACAACAACGACAUCACCACCGCCGGCGAGGGUGGCCUCCAGCGCAACCUGCAGGCCCGCCACUUGACCAUGAUCUCGCUCGGAGGCACCAUCGGUACCGGUCUCUUCUUGGCCUCGGGAUCGUCCAUCAAGAUUGCCGGACCUGGUUAUGCCCUUAUUGCCUAUGGUCUCAUCGGAACCAUGGUCUACUGCUUCAUGAGCUCUCUUGGAGAGAUGACGACUUACAUGCCCAUCACAGGAUCUAUUAACGCCUAUGGUACCCGCUUUGUUGACCCCGCCUUUGGAUUCAUGCUCGGAUGGGUGUACUGGUUCUCCUGGUCGAUUACCCUUGCUGCUGAACUGGUUGCCGCCGGCUUGGUUAUCUCGUAUUGGAUCCCUCCAACACAAUGUCCGUCCUGGGUCUGGGCCGUGGUCUUUAUCGUCGUCCUCACCUCGCUCAACCUCACCACGGUCAAGGCCUACGGAGAGACCGAGUACUGGCUCAGUUUGAUCAAGGUCCUCGCUGUUGCCGUCUUCAUCAUUGUCGGUUUCCUCUACAUUGGUGGCGCUGUCGGCAAGGGUUUCAUCGAGGAAGAUGGUACUGUCGCACCUCAGCCCGGUUCCGCAGUCUUCAACAUGGGACCCUUCCAUGGUGGGUUUACCGGUUUGGCCUCGAUCUUCUUGAACGCCGGAUUCUCGUUCCAGGGCGCCGAGUUGGUCGGUAUUGCUGCUGGAGAGACCAAGAACCCUCGCAAGAACGUCCCCCGUGCGAUUCGUCAAGUCUUCUGGCGUAUUCUCCUUUUCUAUAUCCUCACCAUCACCAUCAUCGGAGUCUGCAUCCCCUACACCGACCCUGUCCUCGGUAACGAUGACGGCGAUAUCAAGUCUUCCCCUUUUACCCGUGUCUUUGUUCGUGCCGGUAUCAAGGUCGGAGGUGAUAUCAUGAACGCCGUCAUCCUGGUCGCCAUUCUCUCCGCUGGAAACUCUGGUCUCUACGCCUCCUCCCGUGCCCUCCACACCCUCGCCAAGGAAGGUUCCGCCCCCAGGUUCUUUGGGUAUGUCAACCGUUGGGGUGUCCCCGUCUACUGCGUCCUCGCAACCUCUCUCGUCGGCUGCUUGGCCUUCAUCGUCUCCCUCCCCCAGAUCGGUCAGGGUGAAGCCUACAACUGGCUCCUCUCCCUCUCCUCCACCACCGGUUUCGUCGCCUGGGUCGGUAUCGCCGUCAACCACAUUCGCUUCCGCAUGGCCUUCAAGGCCCAGGGUCGCAACAUCCAGGACCUCCCCUUCAUCUCUCACCUCUACCCCUACGGCCCCAUCUACACGAUUCUUAUCUGUGUGAUCAUCCUCUUUGGCCAGGGAUACACCGCCUUCUCGCCCUUCAGCAUCAAAGCUUUCCUGUCUGCUUAUAUUACUCUGCCAUUUAUUGUUCUCCUCUAUCUCGGAAACAAGUUCUGGUGCAAGACCAAGAUCUUGAAGUUGGUUGAUGUUGAUCUGGACACUGGUCGGUCUUUCAUUGAUACGGCGAUGAAUGUCGAUGAGACCGCUUCUCAGGCCGAGAAGAAGAACUCCCCUUGGUGGAAGAAGAUCAUUCAUAUCCUUGCUUAA